AGAUGAAAUUAUGAAUGUUUUAUUCCGGGCAUGUCACACAAGAAAUGUCACUCAUGUUUUUCUCUCUGUGUCCAUGGCAAUACAAAUAAGGUCCUUACCCAGAUCUUUCUUAAGUAAUUCAUUACUUAUAACCUGUUAGAGCUUCUCUAAGGAGGAGUACCCGUGGCCAGGAGACACCAAAGGGCUGACCAGACGUCAGUGAGGAGGCCCUGUAACUGGCACAGAUCAUAAGAUAACAGGGGUAUAGGUCAUCAUUUAUGGAAAACUAUUGAUAACUUGUUUGUACAUGAUCUCAUAGCCUUGUAAUAUGCAAGACAUAUACCUAACAUAUGGAAACUAAGCAUACUCAUAUACUAACUGGACUGUUAACUUGACACAGGAAACUACUCAAACUUGACCAACUUAACUUUAUACCACACUAGAUGAUCCAGAUACUUCUCUUAUUCUGAUCCAAAAGGCAAGGGGCCUAAUUGCUCCUUUGCUGCAUCCUUUUCCUGCUACUGGCUGGGCCCUGUGGGCCAGCGAAUCUUGGGACACAAUACUGAAGAGUUGUGUGUUUUCACUUGAUGCCAGAAUUCUUCAUCAAACAAAGCCACACACACAUGAGAUGCAUUGUUCAAGGGAAAGGAGCCGUGCAGCUUGGAAAGCUGUUGAUGAGUACUUGAUGCCCUUUGUGGAGAAGGAGAAAUAUGAACUCCCAAGCAAAUGCAGGCUUCGUCCUGAAAAUGACAUGUUUCGGGAACAAGAGCAACAUAAGAUCCAUUUUGAUGUUAAUGAGUGGCGUUGUGGCUUCUGCAAGAAAUCAUUUCGAGCAGAAAAAUUUAUCGAUCAGCAUUUUGCAAACCGGCACAAUAAUUUGUUGGAUAAUACUCAAGGAAGAUGCUUGGCAGAUCUUUGUGAAGCACUUCACUGUGAUCUGACAAUGGAGUUCAAGAAACCAAAGAGUAAAUGCAAUGCUGCUGCAGCUGCAAGGAACCGUCAUCUUUGUGAGAACCUUGCGGACAGUUGCUUUCCUAUUAAUCAAGGGCAUUCUGCCAGCCGUCUUCAUGAAUUUUUCUUGCGCCAAUUCUGUGAUGCUCAUACUUGCAAUGGGGGCUCCAAACCUUUCCCUAAAGGUGGCAGGAAACAAACAAACAGAUUCUACCUGGCUCUCUGCAUCUUGACGAUGCUGCUUUUGCCUGUGUUCUAUCUCAUAGUAUUUUUACACCAGAGGGAAAUGAAGAAAGGAGAUCAAGUUUUCAAACGAAUUGGAAAAACCGUGCACAAGAAAAAGCCGUCUUAGUUGUAAGAUCCCUUGCUACCUGUUGAGUAUAUUGUGUACGUGUAUAUGUGUGUAGGGCCCACCUCCUGUUUCCUUGUAUAGUUGAGGUUGUGGCCCACCUCUGUACUUAUAUAUACGUGCCUGGUGCACCGAUCAAUACAUCGCGAUUGCAUAGCCA